AUGUCGGCCCCGCUCGUCAAGGUCUUGCAUCGCCUGCAGGAGUUCUUCCAUAACGUCGUAUCCGCCCUCGAAGCCAUGAUCCUCUUCCCCUCGCUGUUCCGCGGCCUCUCACGCCGGAAGCGCAAGCCCUUCCUGGGCGCCCACUGGCGCCGUCGCACAUUGGACAACUUCGCCGACGAGAUCGAUACCCUCUUCACCACGCCGCUAUCUACACCAAAGAUGCUCGACAUGUCGGAGAAGAUCCGCGUGCAGUUCCGGGACUGCUUACAGAAUAGCCCGAUCUGCAUGCUGCCCUCGUACAACCACGCAUUGCCCACGGGUGCCGAGACGGGCACUUUCCUGGCGCUGGAUGUGGGAGGUUCGACGUUCCGGGUUGCGCUGAUUGAGCUGCAUGGGCGGGAUGCCGAGAUGCGCAUUGUCAAGGUGGCGUCGUCGUACAUUGAUAAUAGUGUCAAGUUGUUGGAGGGUACGCAAUUCUUCGACUGGAUGGCUGGACAUAUUGAGAAUAUGUUGAAGGACGUGGGUUCGGACUAUGGCCGCGGUGAGGUCGCGCUGCCGAUGGGAUUGUCGUGGUCUUUCCCUAUUGAUCAGACUUCCCUGGGGAGCGGGUUGAUGAUUCAUAUGGGCAAGGGUUUCCAUUGCUCGAACGGCACUGUCGGGCAAGAGCUGGGUGAUCUGCUGAUUCAGUCCUGUCGCAAGCGUGAUCUCAACGUUGCGAUGGCGGCGAUUGUGAAUGACAGCUCGGCGGCUCUGCUGUCGCGUGCCUAUGUCGACCCGAAGACCCGUAUGUCCCUGAUCCUGGGAACCGGUACCAACAUGGCCAUUCACUUCCCCGUGCGCGAGAUUGGUCGGAGCAAAUUCGGCGUGCGUCCUGAGGGUUGGUUCGACUACGCCAAGCAUGUUAUUGUCAACAGUGAGAUGAGUAUGUUCGGUGGUGGUGUCCUCCCAAUGACUCGGUGGGACGACGUUCUGAACCGCACGCAUUUGCGCCCGGACUACCAGCCUCUCGAAUACAUGAUUACCGGUCGGUAUCUGGGAGAGAUUGUGCGUCUGAUCGUUGUGGAAGCUGUAGAGACAGCCGGUCUUUUCGGCGGCGACCUCCCGCACUCCAUGCGCGAGCCCUACUCCUUCGACACCAGCAUUGUUGCCUUCAUGGAAGAGGACUCGUCCGCCUCAAUGUCCUCAUCCGCUGCCCUCUUGCAAAAGCAACACACCUUCCCUAGCUUCCCUCCCGUCGAGGACCUGCGUUUCCUCCGACGCGUCUGCCAGGUCGUCUCCCGCCGUGCAGCUGCUUACCUUGCCACUGCCAUUCACAGCAUGUGGUGCCUAAGCAAUGAAGUUGAGUUCUCAGCUACCUCCGUUUCCGACAACUUGGUCAAGGAGUCCCCCGAGGUUACCGUUGUCGAGAGUGACGAGUCGGCCAAGAACCUGUCCAUUGCCUGUGACGGCACCGUCAUCAACAAGUACCCCGGCUUCCGCGAUACCUGCCAAGGCUACUUGGAUCAGCUUUCUGAGCAGUCUCACCGCACUGUGGGCUCAGCGAUUCGCCUCGACCCCGCACCGGAGAGCGCUAUUCUCGGUGCCGCAGUGGCUGUGGCCGUCGCAGUGGCAGACAAGUCUGAGCAGCGGUCAUAA